UCUGUUUUCCUUAAACGAACACCUAUCAAUAUGUUAUUUAUACAUACAUAAGCAGGCCAACCACACUGCAUCUGCAUACUCUUAAAGAAGCCAAACCCAACUGUUUUUAUUCUUCUUCUUCUUCAAAUUCUUAUCGUGUUCUCUGCUUUUGUUUCUGUUAUUUUAGUCUCAUGGCAACAUCAUCAUCAACACCUGAAUCAUCCUCCAAUUUCGGCAUCAUAAUUGAAUGCAAUCCCCCAGAUUCUAAAUUAUCUGAACUGGGUAUCAAGUCGUGGCCUAAAUGGGGCUGUCCUCCGGGGAAGUAUACGUUUAAAUAUAACGCAGAAGAAACAUGUUACUUGCUCAAAGGCAAGGUGAAAGUGUUUCCCAAAGGGUCAUCAGAAUUUCUAGAAUUUGGCGCACGAGAUCUUGUGAUAAUCCCCAAGGGAAUAACUUGUACUUGGCAUGUUUCUGUAGCUAUGGAUAAAUACUACAAAUUUGAUUCUUCUUCAACUCCAUCAUCUUCUUUCGAUACUUAACUGUAUAACUGUAUAACCGUAUCCCGUAUUUAUCUUUGAGUAAUGUAUGCUAUACAUUCAAAAAAGUUGGUAUUUGGCUUUAUAUGUUACUUGUGUGGUGUUAAUCAUACAUAUCACUACUAUUGGGUAU